GUGUCUCAGGAACUGCCAUUCCUGCACCCCAGCGAGACCAGCGUCCUGAACCGGCUCUGCCGUCUCGGCACCGACUACAUCCGCUUCGCUGAAUUCGUGGAGCAGUACACGGGACACGUACAGCAGCAGGACCAUCACCCAUCUCAGCAAAACCAGAGUGGAUUACAUGGCAUUUAUUUGCGAGCCUUCUGCACAGGUCUUGAUUCAGUGCUGCAGCCGUAUCGACAGGCACUACUUGACCUAGAACAAGAGUUUCUGGCUGACCCACAUCUUUCCAUCUCACAUGUUAAUUAUUCCUUGGACCAGUUUCAGUUACUCUUCCCCUCUGUGAUGGUCAUGGUGGAACAGAUAAAGACUCAGAAGAUUCAUGGAUGUCAGAUAUUGGAGACAGUGCACAAACAUAGCUGUGGGGGGUUACCUCCCGUUCGCAGUGCUCUUGAAAAGAUUCUGGCUGUGUGUCAUGGAGUCAUGUAUAAGCAGCUCUCUGCCUGGAUGCUGCAUGGAUUGCUACUAGACCAACAUGAAGAGUUCUUUAUCAAACAAGGCCCCUCUUCUGGGAAUGUCCCUAGCCAACCAGAAGAAGAUGAUGAUGACCUAGGAAUUGGGGGACUUACAGGAAAACAGCUACGAGAACUGCAGGACCUG